UUCUUCAGAAGGAAAGGCCUCCCUUCUGCUGUGGCCAUGAAGUCUCCUCCCCUUCUCAAACAUCACCUGCUUUAAGAUGCCACAGGUUCCCCUAGAAUUCAGGAGCAAGUUCAAACAGAAAUGGUUAUUGCUCCCCCCGGAAAGAAGCUGAUUCAGGGGAUGAACAGAUACCACCAGAGAUACCACCACAAGGAAGAGAGAGCACAUCAGAGAAGUCAUUCAACUUACAUAGACUCACUGUGGUCAUAUUUCAAAGAAGAAAGCUAAUACUCAACUGAUAACUCCUUUGGAAAAAGAAAACUUAGGGAGGAGACUUCUAAGGGAGGUUUCAGAUGAAUCCUGCAAAAGUUAAAGAUGGGCCGAAGAAACAGGACAGGAGCUCCACUGCUGUGGCGAAGGGCUUCCACAACCUCUGGGACGUCUCUAGCCGGAACAUAAAGACCUCCUCCACUAUUACAAGUUCAUUCCUGCUCUCCAAAGACAGUUCCAGCUAUUCCAGGAUGAAGGAGGAAAUUAGCAAGGACAGUCCCUCUGGCAACAUUUACAGCAAAACCAGUGUUGAAAAGGACAAUACUGGAACUGAAAGCAAUGUCAUCACCUGUGGGACUGGCUACCUUCCACUAAUGCAGGAGCUGCAAAGGGCCUUUCUCAUGCGUGCCGAAUGUCCUAGGUUUAGCAACAGGUCAACUUCAACAACACAGUGGGGGCCAGGUUUGGUUUCUAUAUCUGACCUUCCCAGUGGCACGUACUUCAAAAAUGUCAACUAUGAGAACUGGAAAAUGACAGAUGAUACAUCAUUCUCAGACAUCUUAAAAUCAAUGCAAAAAGAGAGGAAACUGCCAUAUAGCAAGAGUGCCUACGAAUUCCAAGCCCCCAGACAAAGCGAGGAAAGCCCCAGUUUGGAGACCGUGAUGAAGAGCUCCCAAACCCGGAAGAUGCCUUGGUAUGCUACUGUGAUUCAGGAGAAGGAUCGGCACUUGCUCAUGAUGAAAGAUGAGAUCAGUCGGCUUACAGCCUUGGAGGAUGCUUGCCUGAAGAAGGACGAUGAACUUUCCCAGCUUAAAAAGGAGGUGAAGGAACUACAGAAACAGCUGCAAAUCCUGAGUGAAGCCCAGAAAAUAGAUAUUCACCUCAAGAAAGAGCCCUCAGGUGAGAUCAAAGACAUCUAUGAUGACCUGGAACAAAAGGAAGACUUAGAGCCACAAGAAGAUACUGAGAUGGCUCCAGAGACCAAGCCAAGAAAGGAAGCUAAAACUCACAGAGGGGAGAAAAUGCAACAAAGAAGCUUCCCGGAAGAGUCAAAGGAGGGAGGUUCUAAAAUGUGUAUAGAAUCCUUACCAAGCCUUCUAUCCGGUGAAUUAAAUCAAGUCAGUGUCUCAGAGAGUUUUACAAGAGAAGAAGAAGAUACACAAAAAUCUACACAAGAGGAUUCUGUGAUUGCAGAAAAAGUUCGAAAGUCACCUCAUUUCCCUGAUGAAGGCAGCGUCGAAGCAGAAAUCAAAAUUGCCGAAGAAGAGGAGAAAAUCUCAGAAGAGGAAGCAGAAUUGCUCUUUCUUCUCUCUCUCAUUUCCCUCCCAAAUCUCUUCUUCUUUUUCCCUCCUUAUCUUUUUUCUUAUUCUCUUUUUUCUUCUUUCUGUCCCUCUAUUCAUUUCCCCCUUCUCUUCUCUUUUUUCUUCUUCUACUCUCUCUUCCUCUUUUCCCUGUUUCUGCUUUCCUUUUCAUCUUUCCUUCCUCUUUUAUUCCUCUUCCCUUCUCAUCCUUAUCCUCUUCUUUAUUUUCUUUCCCUUGUUCUCUCCUUACUACUCUUUUUUUUCCCCUUCUGGCUACUCUUUCUUUUCUCCCCUCUUUUUCCCUUUACUCUUUCAGGAACUAUCCUGUCUUUACAAAGACAAGUGGAUUUCCAGGAAUCCCAACUGCAAAAAACCACACUGGAAAAAGAAAACCUGCAGAAGGAACUCCGAGAAAGGAAAACUCAGCUUCAAGCCAUGUCAGACAAGUUUGCUAGCCUCCGAGAAGAACGAAAACGUGAAGAAAUGAUGGGCAUCAUUGAGAAAGACAAUCUUAACCUCCGACAGCAUGUAUCUGAGCUGGAAUUUGAACUGAGGAAGAGGGAAGACGUCAUCUCGGAGUACGACAACAAGAUCAAUAAGCUUCAGGCUCAGGUGAAUUCAAAUGAGAACCAAAUGAAACGUCAGGAGAAGCUCUAUGAGGAACUGCAGAGCCGUUAUGAGGAAAUGCAGCUUUCAGAGCAGCAGUUCCGGGUGCUUCUGGAGACUUCCCAAGUCAGGCUUGAAAGGUUAAGAAGUAAAGUCAUGCAGGCUGCAUUUAGUGCAACAGGAAUCAAGUCUCCUGCUACAGAAAUAACAGACAGUGACAUCCUGGAGGCCUUGCAGAGAAUCAUUAAUGAACGACUGGAUUUUUAUCAGCAGUUGAAACAGAAAGGGGUGAAAGUCCCUCCUCUCCACCAGAGUGAAGUAGUGUCUUCUUUGAAGGGCAAGAAGAAAUAACAUCCAUUCUGAGAAAAACUCUUAAGAUUUGUUCAGCCACGCUGAGACACAAAAGCUACUUUCUAGAAAUAUAUACUGUCCUAGUGUCUACGUUUUCUACUGGAA